AUGCCCAACCGGAUCUUCUUUGCUAUCGUUUUUGUUUUUGCCCUUGCCCACUGCCAAGAACCCGAUGAGGUCGAGAAUUUCUGGCUGUGCGAAAACUUUGGCAUUACGGAGCAACGCGUAGUCGUCCUGUUCUACACCCCGAAGACGGUCGAAUUGUCGGCGACGAAGAAGAAGAUCGUUUGCCAAGAAGCCGCUCGUAAAUGCGUGAUCGCCGACGGUCCGGCCGAGCCGGGCGCUACGUACUACGGUAUCUACCGUGGUGGCAAACAUGAGAGCUGCGCAGCAGUACUG